GCCCCGCCCCGUGGGGCGCCGCGGGCGGGUCUCAGCAGAGCCCUCUGCGCCAGCGAGCUGCAGGUGCCGCCCCCGACACACAGUGUCCCGCCCAAGCUGAUCUGCGUCUGUCGGUCUGUGCGUGCGUGCGCCUCGUCGGUCCGCGUGUGGCUGGCCGAGCGCCCCCUUCCUCUGCGGCCAUGACUUCGCCGCCGCCCCCGCCCCCAGGCCCGGACCCCGGGGCAGACUCCACCGCGGACCCAUGCCCAGGGCCUGGAUCACUGGUCGUCCUGUUCGGGGCCACAGCCGGUGCGCUGGGGCCAGACUUGGGCUCCGACGAGACUGACUUAAUCCUUCUAGUCUGGCAAGUGGUGGAGCCGCAAAGCCGCCAGGUGGGGACGCUGCACAAGUCGCUGGUUCGCGCCGAGGCGGCAGCGCUGAGUCCGCAGUGCCAGGAGGCAAGCGGCCUGAGUGCCGACAGCCUGGCUCGGGCCGAGCCGCUGGACAAGGUGCUGCAGCAGUUCUCCCAGCUGGUGAGCAGGGAUGUGGCUCUGCUGGGCGGGGGCCCCUACGUGCUCUGCACUGAUGGGCAGCAGCUGUUGCGACAGGUUCUGCACCCUGAGGCCUCCAGGAAGAACCUGGUCCUCCCCGACACCUUCUUCUCCUACUACGACCUCCGCAGAGAGUUCCACAUGCAGCACCCAAGCCUGAGCCCUGCCAAGGACCUCACCGUGGCCACCAUGGCACAGGACUUGGGACUGGAGACAGAUGCCACAGAGGAUGACUUUGGGGUCUGGGAAGUGAAGACAAUGGUAGCUGUCAUCCUCCACCUGCUCAAAGGGCCUAGCAGUCCACUGUUUUUGAAGCCCGAGGUGAUCAAGCAGAAAUAUGAGACGGGGCCUUGCAGCAAGGCUGAUGUGGUGGACAGUGAGACUGUGGUACGGGCCCGUGGGUUGCCCUGGCAGUCAUCAGACCAGGACGUGGCUCGCUUCUUCAAAGGGCUCAACAUUGCCAGGGGUGGUGUAGCGCUCUGCCUCAAUGCCCAGGGUCGCAGAAAUGGUGAGGCCCUCAUCCGCUUUGUGGACAGCGAGCAGCGGGACCUAGCGCUGCAGAGACACAAGCACCACAUGGGCGUCCGCUAUAUUGAGGUAUAUAAAGCCACAGGGGAGGAGUUUGUAAAGAUCGCAGGGGGCACAUCACUAGAGGUGGCUCGUUUCCUGUCACGGGAAGACCAAGUGAUCCUGCGGCUGCGGGGACUGCCCUUCUCGGCUGGGCCAACAGACGUGCUAGGCUUCCUGGGGCCAGAGUGCCCAGUGACUGGAGGUGCUGAUGGGCUGCUCUUUGUGCGCCACCCUGAUGGCCGGCCAACUGGUGAUGCCUUUGCCCUCUUUGCCUGUGAGGAGCUGGCACAGGCUGCGCUACGCAGGCACAAGAGCAUGCUGGGUAAGCGAUACAUUGAACUCUUCCGGAGCACUGCAGCUGAGGUGCAGCAGGUCCUGAACCGCUAUGCAUCCAGUCCACUUCUUCCCACACUGACUGCCCCACUGCUGCCCAUCCCCUUCCCACUGGCAGCUGGGACCGGGAGGGACUGUGUACGCCUUCGAGGCCUGCCCUACACAGCCACCAUUGAAGACAUCUUGAGCUUUCUGGGGGAGGCAGCAGCAGACAUCCGGCCCCACGGUGUGCACAUGGUGCUCAACCAGCAGGGCCGGCCAUCAGGCGAUGCCUUCAUCCAGAUGACGUCAGCAGAGCGGGCCCUAGCUGCUGCUCAGCGUUGCCAUAAGAAGGUGAUGAAGGAACGCUACGUGGAGGUGGUCCCCUGCUCCACAGAGGAGAUGAGCCGUGUGCUGAUAGGGGGCACCUUGGGCCGCAGUGGCAUGUCCCCUCCGCCCUGCAAGCUGCCCUGCCUCUCGCCACCCACCUAUGCCACCUUCCAGGCCACCCCAACCCUCAUUCCCACUGAGACGGCAGCUCUGUAUCCCUCUUCGGCACUGCUCUCAGCUGCAAGGGUGCCUGCUGCCCCCAGCCCUGUUGCCUACUACCCAGGGCCAGCCACUCAACUCUACAUGAACUACACAGCCUACUACCCAAGCCCCCCAGUCUCCCCUACCACUGUGGCCUACCUCACUACGUCCCCUGCUGCCCUGGCCUCUGCUCCCACCUCAGUGUUGUCCCAGCCAGGAGCCCUGGUCCGCAUGCAGGGUGUCCCAUACACAGGUGGUAUGAAGGAUCUGCUCAGCGUCUUCCAGGCCUACCAGCUAGCCCCUGAUGACUACACCAGUCUGAUUCCUGUUGGUGACCCUCCUCGCACUGUGUUACAAGCCCCCAAGGAGUGGGUGUGUUUGUAGGUGAAGAAGCCAGGAGGGUAGGGAGGCAGACCAGCCCCCACCCUCAGGAUACCUGGAUCUCAGAGACCAUGUUGUGCCAGGUGGUCCCACCUAAGGAUGCUAGCCCCCCUCCAGCACAAGGAAUAUCAGAUGGCAGAACCAGCAAGCUAUUUUGAUGGACUAUGCUGCAGUAUCCCCAGAGGACACUAGGGGGCAGGAGGCCCCCACACAAAAACUCAGGCUUGAAUUUUAAAGGGGACUUUCUGCCAACUUUUCAUGCACACCUUGGGAGGGGACUAGUUGUCCAGAACCAAGAAGACACUGUGGAAUGUCCUUUGCACCUAUUAAAGGGUGCAGAACUGAAGCCUCGGAAGGAAUCUGGAAUUCUAUCCUCGCCAUAAAAUAAAAGUUCCUGACCAAGUGGACUUUUUAAAAGCUGCAAUAUCCUUAGCUACCCAGAGUGAGGGGUUCUACACCAGCCCCAGGUGGUGGAAAACUCAGACAGAUUAAGGAGACUGUUGAUCUGUCACCAUUUAUUAUUUCAGCACUAUUAACUGUGGAGCCUAAACUGCUGGCUCUUCUUCCCUUUGUAUUAAUAUUUGUGUAAGGAGCAUUGCACUCCUAUAAAAGGUUUUGAAAUACAAAAUGUACAAGAAAACACAAUCCCAAAUGCUGUAAACAUAACUGAGAACCAGUUCCUUUACUAAACAUCCAUUUUAUAAAAUACAGGGUUUCAACUGAGCCCAUGUGAGCCUUAAAGAUCUGUUCUGAAUAUCAAAAAUAGGGCUUCACAGCCAGGCCCAGGAGAGGUCUGGUGAUAGUGGCCGGCUCUGGGUAGGCUGGUUUGCAACUCGGGCAGCAGCACCACGCAUGAACCCGAAGACAUCUGUUCCUUUUAAAACUGUGUUCAGCCAUGUUUCUCUGUCCAUCUCUAGUAAGCAGAAGGCUGCUCAUUCUAUUCCUCAACCCAAGAUCUAGCACGGGUUGCAGAAGGAAGGGGUGCAUGCUGCUACUAGAAAUCAUUUGCAUAGUACAAUGGAUGUGUGCUUUAAUACCACUUGUUGCACAAAAACUUAAGUCUUUAUCUACAAAGCCAGAAAAUAUUGACUCUUACACCAAAGCUUUUACAAAGCUGAUAUAAAACUGCUUACAUAGUAUACAAAGCUCUAUUUUAAAAUUUAACUUUUAUUUUAAAUAGGAAAGCAUUUCUAGUGCUACAGGCAUCAAGGUAUUUAAAAGGCAUCAAAAUUUGGUGCAUAGCAACUCUGGAUCAUUGAGGCUUGUAUUCUUGAGGGCAGCAAAACUACCCCCAAAGGGUCUUGCGAGGGGAGCUCUUGUAGGAACCCCAUGUGAGGCAGCUACACCAGGGGCAAAAGGAUAGAGGCAGUUCUGGCGAUGUCUCUGGAACUUCACCUGAGAGGCCAACUUCCUGCCCCUCCAAAGGAAGCUAUGAGCUUCCAACCACAGGCCCUGAAACAAAUCUUACUAUCUACACUCUGUGACACAAAACGCACUUUCAAACAAAAUUUGAAAACACCCAGCUCCAAGAGGGACCAGAGUGAUUUGCUGAAGGACAGACAUUUUUAGGGGAGAAAUCCAAAACAUGGUUGGUUUUUUUCUUAAAGACCAUACUUGUCAUCCUGGGUCAAUAGCUCCUACCCUACUGACAAGUGGUGGGCAAUGGGCUGGUCCCCUUGCCCAGGCCUGAACUGGCCUCAGUAGAGUUAGUCUUGGUAUCUAGGGCCUGCACUGGAAUAACAGCAUCAAGCCUUCAAUCAGCCUAGCAUACUGUCUCACAUAUAGGCACUCAAAAAAUCUGCUUCCUGAAUAAAUGAAAGUACAUUUCAUUUGAAAACAUGCAAACUUCAGGGGUUUUGAGAUAGGCCCAGGAAGUAACAAAUCCCACUGAGGGAGUGGUAUGGACAGGCUUUUAAAAAAGCACCUAACUUGGGCAUCUCCUUUGGUAGACAGCAGGCUGGAGCUUCUGUUGGCCCCUGCCUUGGAUGCCAGUCUCACCAGCAGCAGCACCAGGGUGUCUUUGGUGUGGAGGGUCAGGUCAUCGUUUCUGGAUGUGCUCAAAGCCUUUUGGAGAAAAGGCUGGUUUUUAGGUCAUAGAGACAGGAAAGGGUAGGCCAGAAUCAUUUCGGGCUGUAAACAGAGUUGGGGGAUAAACCUCCCAUGCCAGUGUGAAUCUUAAAACCUUCCCAUCUGGAGUCCUGCAUUUUCUCUGCCUGUCCUGAUGCUCAUCUGUCUUUAGCUCCUGACAUAGCCUGGCCUGUAGAGAAGAGUUAGAACUGCAAAGCUGUCUAAACCAACAAGAGACUGUGGCUUCAAAGGUUACAGAACAUCCAAAGACAGAUGCUCCUGUUUGAAAAAGGUUCUGGGACCAGAGGACACAAAAAGGAAGAGCACACCACAGCCUACUAAUGUUUAGGAUAGCAGGAAAUGAAAGUGACCAAGCUAAAACCCCACUUUUGAAUGUCACCUUACAUGUACCAUCUUACUCAAGGUCCUGAGGGAAAAAAGCAAUUUCAACAUGGAGCUAGUAUGGAGAGAUUGCAGGAAGAUUAUCUAGAAAGUUACAAAAAGGCUAUGCUCUGGAAUGUCUUUUUAUAUUCCAACACUUCAAUGAUGGAAUGGUCUCUUCUCAUUUUAUCUAACAACAGUUUGCUUUUAUAAAGAGGUAUGGGCUACAUUUGGCUUUAUUUGCUAUGAAUCUAUGAAAGUCUUCAGGACACAUGCUGAGUUUCUGAGGCAUAGGUGUGGGCUUGGGGUAAUUUUUUUUCUUUUUUUUUUUUUGUUUGCCUCUGGAAGGUUUUAUCAAAAGUUCCUAUUUUUUAAAUAUCAUCAAAACUAAAGGGCCCUUCAAAUAACCACAAAGCAGUAUAAAUCACCAAUCCUAGCUAAGUAACCAGGUCACCUGCAAAAGCAGCACCUCUGAAAUGGACAGCCUGCUGCAUUCACACUCAAA